GGAGUGAGCAACGAGUCACUGAGAAGCAAUGUACUCGCAACCACUAGGUAAAGCAGACAGACGGCUGAGCUUUCCAGAAUAGGAGCUCCCGAAGCGCAUUGGCCGUGCGCCCUGAAAACGGGUAAUCAAACCAGCGUCUAUGCGCAGCCAGGCCCGUCACUAUUCUAAGCCCAGCGCCAAGUACCGUACCUACACGCUGAAACUGGUAAGAGGUGCCGCUGAGGGUGGUGCCGUAGCCUGCGCAGCCUCUUUUUCUUAGGGGGGUCUUUUCGGGACUUAACUCUCUCAUGUGACUGGUCAGUACUGUAGAGCCAAUUACAGCAGGCGCUACGCUCUGGAAAUAUGCGCCUUGUGCCGCUCAUCGCGUCGCGUCAGAUGAGUUUCGGACCCUGGGACACGGUUAUGGUGGCGUGGUCGGAAAUUUGGAGGGGGUGUGGUCAGAAGAAAGGCUCGCUAUGGUGGGCAGAAGAACGAAACACAGCAGGUUUCUGUGCUUGGGACCACUGGACAUUGCCACUGUUCUGCAAAUAUACUGAGUUGAUGUCGGGUUGGUGAUGAAAUAAGAGGUUAGGCUACCAGGCUGACUCAAUUGGGCGGCGACGACUUUUGCAUGUACUAUGCCAGCUGGCAGACUGCUGCUGGGCGAAUUGGCUGGCACCUGUCAAGUGGUUGGUUGGCAGUGCUGCGCUGUGGAUUUGUUUAUGCUGUGCGUUGUCAGUCAACAAAAAACGCGGACAGCCGCGAUAGCAGCAGCCAGCUGAAUAUUAUACCGUAUUUCUGCCAAUUCUUAUUCGGUGGUAUACAUGUGCACAAAGCAGAGCAUGAUCUUUUUUCAUCUAUAGUUGUGCUUGUGUACUGUCGUUGGCUGGCCCGCCGAUACUGCCGAGUGAUACAAGUUGCCCAGUCAGUGCCCAAGUGGGAGCGACUGCGAAGGCGAAAAAAACUUUUUGCUUCUCUCAAAAGAACGACAGCUCCUCUUCCCUUUGCACCCGACAGAUUGAUAGCCAGCAAUACAGCAUCGUCUAGACGCACUAAGCUUCGCUUUUACAAGUCUCUUAUUGUUUUUUGAAUCACCACUGAACAUCUCUGCCUGUCCCCUGCAUUCGCCAAACGCAUAGCAAACGGGCGCUAUUAACCAUCACCGACCUUGCUGGACACCUCGUCUCCAUUUACAUUACACUUGCAAUACAACCGCUCUGACACCUGCUCUUGCAAAACCUACUAGCUCUGUUACUCCCCGCAAAACUGUCUCUCGAUUUCGCCUUGGCCUAUUGCAGCAUCUCCUAGGCCACUGUCGCCCUUGAGCACGCACACCUGACCCUGGUUUAGUGCUUGUGCUUUGAAGCCCCUCCAAACGACCAUUCCAGCCCAGCACCUUCAGCGAGGAGCUGAUACCGCUAAAGCUCUCUAGUGGCUGUGGGCUGUGUCCUCGCAAUUUUUUUUCGUCCCCUGCUCAGGCGCUGGAGCUCACUGCCCCGUCUUGAGUCGCAUUCCUCGAAACGUCCCCUUACAGCAAAAGUUUUUUUUACCUUCUACCAUACAAACGUAUCGGGAGAUUCGCGAAAUUCUCGCGCAAACGCCGUGUCUCGCUUCACUUGCUCGUCAGCAAACACGCCUACCACAUCUUUUGCCGCUAGCUCUGGUUCCGUGUCUGUUACGGCGCGAACUUUUCUCUAUUAGGCUCUCCCAGCGUUAAGCGCUUCGCCCAGUCAAGGCGCGUUUCGUCUCUAAGAGAAGCCCCCAAAAUUUUUACCGCCCAACCAUUUCUCAUCGCCCAAUCACGGGCUUUACCACUCACCAUCAUUAACCAUGGUCUCCUUUUCGUGUGAGGAGUGCGGCGACAUCUUAACCAAGAAGAAGCUCGAUCCUCAUCGUGGACGCUGUCGCAACGCAACAUUUACCUGCAUCGAUUGCAUGGUAUAUUUCCCCGGAAGCGAAUAUCGAUCUCACACCUCAUGCAUAACUGAGGACCAGAAGUAUCAAGGUGCUCUCUAUAAAGAAAAGCCCAACAAGAAGCAGAACAAGCAGAACGAAGGCGAGCCAUCCAAGAAAGCAAAGAUGUCUCACCAAUCCUAUGUCGAAGACGCCGCCGAUGUGAACGACUUUGUCCCCUGGGGCCACUAUGAAGGCCAGACCGAAGACGAACGAUCGCCUGCCGAGCCCAUGCCCGAAGCACCUACUCCUCCUCCUGCCGUAGUAGAGGACAUGGUCAACGUUUUUGACUACAUGAUCGCAAAGACCCCGAAUGCUUCGCAUGCUCACCUCCCCCAGGAUCCCAGCGGCAACGAUGACACGUCCCUGGUUCGCUACGACCUGGACGCCAAGAAGUAUCUUGAUACAUCCUCCACUGGUGACCGCGAGCCUCUGGUCCAGUAUGGUACUGGUCCUGUCCCUACCGACGCCUUUGUCACACCUCAUCACAAAGAACGCCGCCGAAACAGCGACAGCAAGAAAGACAAGAAGCGAAAGCGCCUGCACGUUGAUGUUCGUGGCGGCGACCAAGAUAUGACUGACGCGCCUCCUGUUCUGCACUCUGGAUUGACUGGGGGUCUGAAGAAUCUGUUGCGCCCAAACAUGCCCCCAUCACCCGGAUACUCUAGCGGCGACAACGAUCGAUCCCCAGCCAGCCCUUUGAAGAAGACGAAGCAUUCCAAGAGCUCGAAGCCGACGCAAGUCAGCAACAGCAUCUUUGACAUGAUUGUCGGCUCUAAGAAGAGCAAGAGCAAGGACAAGAAGGAUAAAGAUAAGAAGAAGUCGCGCCGCCAUCGCGCAGAAAAGGAAACAAAGAUGAUUGAAUACCGCGCCCCGUCGCGUGACGGCAAGACGGAUGAGAGCAAUGGCCAAAUGAUUGUGUUCAAACCUAGAGCCGAUGUGUUCCUAGGCUUUGUCAACAAGGGCCCGGACAGUGACCGAGGAUGCAGCAUGAACAAGGCUCUCCGCAAAUACCACAAGGAGCGUCAAGCUUGCGGCUCAACGUCAUCGCGCGGAAAGGAAGAGAAGGAGCUUUGGCGCUCCCUUCGCCUCCGCAAGAAUGAUCGCGGCGAGAUUGUCGUUUUCGGCCUCUAGUCAACUGUAUUCCGUCUUGUGUUGGAUAACCAAAACGAGAAUUGGCUAGGCGGCUUCGCGGGAAACGACAGUACCGUGUAUGCCUGCCUCGAAUUGUUCGGAGUUCUCAGUUGCUUCGCUUCUGUUCGACAUCCUUUUCUUCCUACCUGCAGACCUCUUUCUUCUUUUUCUCUCCUCUCAUCUCGACCUUCACCUCGCAUUUUCUUUUUAUUUCACAUCUAAUUUUUUUCCGAUUUUUACGACUGAGACCUUUUGGCUCAUACCGAAUACCACGAUUGUCUAGUUUCUGUCUUUUACAGAACUUCUGUUCUAGCACACGGGUGCCCAAGUAGCAAUUUUUGUUGGAACAAAUGCGAACGGAUCACUUGGAGCAAGAACUGCUGGUGGCCAAUCCCAUGCUAUGCAGCUGCAGUUACCUGCGCCAUGCAUGGGAUUUGAGGGACCGCUAGAUACGGACUUUGGGUUUCAUAAGGCUUAAAAGGCGUUAAUGACGGAGUAAUGAUACCAUGGACAGACAGAAUCUAUUAGCUCAGGCAGCAAAUUCAUAGCGCAAACCAGUCAAAAAAAGUAGGCUUGGUUACAAUGUUAUUAAUACUACAGAACUUAUGUACAGACAACUCCUUUUUCCCCAUAAUGCGUUCGCUACAUGAAUGUGAUGCUCCUUUAUACAUUGCUAGUUGUUAUUUUCCUGAUGAAUCGCGACUUGUGGGGUUUUUAUAUAACCCGUAGCGGCAGGAUGUGCUGCACCAGUGUAUCUCUUCGGCACAGCGGGCACUCGGGCUUCUCACGCACCCAGUCGCCAAUGCACUCCCAGCAAAAGACAUGCCCGCAUGGCGUUGCCGACGGAUCUUUCAGCUCCUCUAGGCACAAGGUGCAUUUACGCUGCUGGCUGCCCUUGAUAUAGCCCAUUGCCUUCUCGUUGGUAAGGUCGAAGCGCGGUACAUUGUCCGCUGGUGUGUGCGUUGCAGUCGCUAGAUCCACACGACUCUCACCCGAUGCUCGGCUACCAAGAUCAGACAUGAGAAGAUUGCUGUUGGCAGAGUACGAGUUGUCGUGAUCAAGCGAUACAUCCGCGCCAGUAGCAUGGAAAGCCGCACGCUCCCGCGACGCCGUGUACGAGUUCAUCGUGUCCCGCACGUGCAGGUAGCCUUGGACGCCCAUCUGGAUAACUAGCAAGACGCCAAGAACCUCGUAGCCCGCGCGGUCCGGCGUAUCUGGCACCUCUCUUGUGAAGACGUAGCGCAGCGAAAGCAGGCGCUUUGUGAGUUCGUAGUAUGUGCCGUUGAAGUAGAAGAGGGUGAGCGUGAUGGCUUGGAUCGGCGCGGCCGAGGUCAGUGACGACAGGUGGUUUGAAAUGUACUCCCAGACGCGCGCUUCGCGGGACCCUUCUUUGCCUUGGUUCUUGAGUGUACUGAUACGGCGUUCAAUCAUCUUGCGGAUGCGUGUGCGCAGACCAGGCAGGCCACGGCUGACAAUGUACGGCAGGAGAAUGCUGCCGGCAAUAUAUGAAGCGCGGGUCUGCAAGUUGGGCAGACGGCCAUUUUCGGCGCCAUUGACUUGCACUAAGUCGCAGUAUUCCUCGCCUAGCGUGCGGUUACCGGGCAGUGUUGUGAGGCAGAAGUAGACGAGUGUGGCGAGGGAUCGGAGUUCGGGAGCAGCAGCAUGUGUCGCGCGGGCGCCGAGCACGCGGCGGUAGAGGUCGGUGAUUGUGUUGGCGAGAUGGCCGGUGAAGUAGGCGUCUUUCUGGUGUGCGCGCACAAUGUCCGGCGCGGCGGCGAAGGGGUAUGGCGAAGCAACUGUCGCUGUUGCCAUGGUUAUAUAGCUGUCGCCUUCGGCCGAGGUUGUGCUGGGGGCGAUGUGUCGAGAGUGCUGCGGUAGUAGGGCUGGACGACGGGAUGGUCAGAUUACUCAGUAAUUGUGGUGAUCAAUUCGAGCUUCUCAAGAGCAGUAGAGGUAUCUCUGAGAGAAGUGGUGGCGCGAGAAACGGCGUGUCGUGUGGUGGUGAUGCAGAGGAAGAAGUUUGGACCUCGGGAUAAACGUUGGGCGGGUUCAUGUGG